CCCCUCCACCCACACUCUCUAUCCAUAGUCUGAAUGAAAUCAGCUGACGAAUGGUAUCUCCCUAAUGCUUGAUGGAACGCGCCGCUGCGCGGAAGCCGGCUGUUGCCCGAGCGUUGACACCGCAGCAGGUUGCCCGUGGUGCUUUUAUGUUGUGGAUGUCGGACUGAUUCCGCGGUGGUAGACUUUUUUUUGGGGCAGUGGCGGACCACGCUGACCAUGGCCUCCAACUUCAAUGAUAUAGUGAAACAGGGAUACGUGCGGAUACGGAGUAAGAAACUAGGGAUCUUCAGGAGGUGUUGGCUGAUGUUUAAGAAGGCGUCCAGUAAAGGCCCAAAGCGGUUAGAGAAAUACCCAGACGAGAAGGCAGCAUACUUCCGAAGCUUUCACAAGAUCACAGAGCUCCGCAGUAUCAAGAACAUUACACGGAUGCCGAGGGAGACCAAGAAACACGCCGUGGCCAUCGUCUUCUACGACGAGACGUCCAAGACAUUUGCCUGUGAGUCAGAGCUGGAUGCAGAGGAGUGGUGGAAGCUACUGUGUGUGGAGUGUCUAGGAAGCUGUCUGAACGACAUCAGCCUGGGAGAACCAGACCUGUUAGCAGCGGGGGUGCAGCGGGAGCAGAACGAGCGGUUCAACGUGUACCUGAUGCCCACUCCUAACCUGGACAUCUAUGGGGAGUGUACGAUGCAGAUUACCCAUGAGAACAUCUACCUGUGGGAUAUCCACAAUGCCCGCGUCAAACUGAUCAUGUGGCCCCUCAACUCACUGAGGAGAUACGGACGAGACUCCACCUGGUUCACUUUCGAGUCAGGAAGGAUGUGUGACACAGGGGAGGGUCUGUUUACGUUCCAGACGCGUGAGGGAGAGAUGAUGUACCAGAGAGUUCACUCAGCCACCCUGUCCAUCGCACAGCAACAUGAGAGGAUGAUGGAGGAGAGGACUUCACAGACCCACUCCAACCAGACAACGUUAACCAAGUCCAUCUCCCUGCCUCGCAGUGCCUACUGGCAUCACAUAAUGCGUCAGAACAGUGUUGGAGACAUCUACAGCUACCAAGGUACUAGCCUGACGAUGACCCUGAUGACCCGAGCACAGACCUUCCCCAGCUUUGUCUCUGGAAAGACAGAAGAAGAGCAGUCCUCACAGCGCCAGGAAGAGGCACUAUCCCCCUCCAGUGGCUACGGCUCAAACUGCAGCCAGGUGACGCUCCAAUGACAAGUAGCUUCAGAACAAAACUGGACUUUAGAAAGCCUGUAGAAAAAUGUAAAGGAACAUGUAUGAUAUAUCAUUUUAUGUUAAUACAUUAUGAUGAUAGUGUUAAUUUAGACAGGAACAUAUAUAUAUAUCUAUAUAUAUACUUAUGAACGGAUUAUUGGGGGACACCUGUUGGGUCCAGUUCAUUAGGGAGAUCUGUUCUACCUUUCUGUAAUGUUUGUCGCUGUUUCAGUCUGUUCACCUGCAACAAGCACCACAUCCUUUCAUUUGAAAAUGCUCUGCUUGUCCAAGAGUACAGGUCUGUACAUAUAGUAUGUGUAGAAUCAUCCCAACUUCAAAAGGCAUGAACAAAUACAUACGAUUAAAAUAUUAGCAAAGUCUGAGAAACAGGACCGUAGGCUUAGACUUUCUAACUCUGACCUUUGUGGGCUCCCGAGUGGCACAGAGGUCUAAGGCACUGCAUCUCCAUGCUUCAGACAUCACUACAGACACCCUGGUUCGAAUCCAGACUGUAUCACAACCGGCUGUGAUUGGGAGUUCCAUAGGGCAGCGCACAAUUGGCCAAGCGUUGUCUGGUGUCGGCCAGUCAUUGUAAAAUAAGAAUUUGAUCUUAAAUGACUUACCUUGUUAAAUUGCAUUUAAAAUACAGUGUCAAGAAAAAGUAUGUGAACCCUUUGGAAAUACCUGGAUUUCUGCAUAAAUUGAUGAUAAGAUUUGAUCUGAUCUUCAUCUAGCUCACAACAAUACAUAUUCUUCUUAAACUAAUAAUACACAAACAAUUAUACAAUUUCAUGUCUUUAUUGAACACACCGUGUAAACAUUCACAGUGCAGGGUGGGAAAAGUAUGUGAACCCUUGGAUUUAAUAACUAUUUGACCCUCCUUUGGCAGCAAUAAUCUCAACCAAACAUUUUCUCAGACCUGCACAACGGUCAAGAGGAGUUUUGGACCAUUCCCCUUUACAAAACUGUUUCAGUUUAGCAAUAUUCUUUGAAUGUCUGGUGUGAACUGCUCUCUUGAGGUCAUGCCACAACAUCUCAAUCGGGUUGAGGUCAGGACUCUAGAAGAUGAUUUUUUUACUGUUGAAGCGAUUCUGUUGUUGAUUUACUUCUGUGUCGUUGCUCUGUUGCAUCACCCAACUUCUGUUGAGGUUCAGUUGGCGGACAGAUAUUUUAAAGUUGAAUGUUAGGCUGUCUUGAUAAACUUCCGAUUUUUUUUCCGUCGAUGAUAGGAAGCUGUCCAGGCCCUGAGGCAGCAAAGCAUCCCCAAAACAUGAUGCUCCCUCCACCAUACUUUACAGUUGAGAUGAGGUUUUGAUGUUGGUGUGCUGUGCCUUUUUUUUCUCCACACAUAGUGUUGUGUGUUCCUUCUAAACUACAAAACUUUAGUUUAAUCUGUCCACAGAAUAUAUUUCCAGUAGCGCUGUGUAACAUCCAGGUGCUCUUUUGCAAACUUCAGACAUGCAGCAAUGUUCUUUUGGACAGCAAGUGGCUUCUUCCGUGGUGUCCUCCCAUGAACACCAUUCUUGUUUAGUGUUUACGUAUCGUAGACUCGUCAACAGAGAUGUUAGCAUGUUCCAGAGAUUUCUGCAAGUCUUUAGUUGACACUCAAGGAUUCUUCUUAACCUCAUUGAACAUUCUGCGCUGUGCUCAUGCAGUCAUCUUUAGAGGACGGCCACUCCUAGGGAGAGUAGCAACAGUGCUGAACUUUCUCCAUUUAUAGACAAUUGGUCUUACCGUGGACUGAUGAACAACAAGGCUUUCAGAGAUACUUUUGUAACCAUUUCCAGCUUUAUGCAAGUCUAACAAUUCUUAAACUAAGGACUUCUGAGAUCACUUUUGUUCGAGGAAUGGUUCACAUCAGACAAUGCUUCUUGAGAAUAGCAAACUCAAAUUGUGUGAGUGUUUUUAUAGGGCAAAGCAUCUCUAACCAACAUCUCCAAUCUUGUCUCAUUGGUUGGACUCCAGGUCAGCUGACUCCUGACUCUAAUUAGCUUUUGGAGAAGUCAUUAGAUGAGGGGUUCACAUACUUUUUUCUAACCUACACUGUGAAUGUUUACAUUAUGUAUUCAAUAUAGACAAGAAAAAUACAAUCAUUUGUGUGUCAUUAGUUUAAGCACACUAUGUUUGUCUAUUGUUGUGACUUAGAUGAAGAUCAGAUCAAAUGUGUUGACCAAUUUAUGCAGAAAUCCAGGUAAUUCCAAAGGGUUCACAUAGUUUUUCUUGCCACUGUAUAUAUUGUUAACAAGCGGUUUGAUGCCUUCUGUGUGGAACCCUCAGAGCCGUUCUGACUACUGGUGUAUUCCAGACCUUGCACCUUGUCCUCCAGCCACAGAAUGAAGUGCCUUGUGAUGCAUGCCGACUGCAGUGUGACACUACUGUACCAGACACAGGCCUCUGUCUCUGUGUCUGUCAUUGUUAGCGAUGAUUACGCUGCAUCUCUGGAGCAAGACAUUCUGAAAAUAGUCUUGUCAAUUUGUAUUACAUUUUUUAAAGUCUUGUCAUUAUCUGAGAAAUGAUACAGUUUCCACCAAUUCAGAGUUUCCAAGAACACAAAGUCAAUGAUCACAAGAAAAGACAAUCUGUUUAUUGAGGUACUCAGAUGAGCAUAUUUGUCCAAAACUGUUUAUCCUAUUAAAUAUUUUGUCAAAGUUUGAUUAUUUAUUUUCAUAGCGGUAGACAUGUUUACAUGGAAUCCCCAAAAACAUCCAAGGCACAGUAUAAAAUUAUAACCAUGAAUAUCAUGUAUUUAGAUCACACCAUUAGCUGUUUGUUUAGUUCUACUUAACACACAUGUGAAUCAAUUUAACCUCAACGUUGGUUGGAUUAACAAAGAAAGUGCCCUUCUACGAAAGGUUCUCGUUAUCUAUUUGUUACGGUGUUAAUUAACGGUGUAAAACUGUAAAGGGAGGAAUCGGUUCCAGUUAGUUUGGAGUAUUUAUAUCACUAUGGUAAGGAGAGACAGUAUUUCCAGGCUGUUCUGUGACGUUCGUCAUUUGCUGUUUUCCACGUUACAUGUCCUUCUCCUGUUGUUUAUGUCAGCCAUCUUGUUUUAAUAAAGUUGAGGGAUACACAGGAGGUUUUCUGUCCGGCACUACACUACACAUUGGUAAUGUUCCUACCACCACAAUGUUAGUUUGAUGUUAACGUCUAAAUAGUCACACACUAUAUGCAUUUGUGUGUUUUUUUUUUUUUUACUUUGUCGUAAUACGUGUUAAUAGCACUUUUAAUACAUUGAGUGUAGGAUUACUUUAUUCACUCACUCAAUGUAUAUACUGUAUGUAAUAUGUUUUUUUCCCGAUGAGGUAAGAGAAUAAAUUGAAUGUACAUGCUG